AUGGAAGUUAGUGAUGAGCAACGAGUUAUCCUUGCUAUUUUUGUACUGAAAGAUGAUGCAUUGGAAUGGUGGGAGUCCACAGAGAGGACACAUGGAAGAGAAGUUAUAACUUGGCAGCAUUUUGUUGAGCUCUUUCAUAGGAGGUACUUUCCUGAUAGUCUGAUGGUGCAAAAGGAAGCUGAAUUCAUUCGCAUAGCACAAGGUACUCAAUCAGUGUAUGAGUAUGAGCGGAAAUUUGCUGAAUUAUCCCGCUUUGCUCCACACAUGGUUGACACAGAAGCAAGGAAAGCUAGGCAUUUUGAAAUGGGUUUAAGGGAGGAAAUCCAGGGACCGGUUUCCAUGUUCAAAUUGGAAACAUAUGCAGAGGUAGUAGAUCGAGCUCUCAUAGCAGAGAGAAAUUGCAAUCGUCUCUCAAAGGCCAAUGACCAGGAGAGGAAGCCAAAUCAGAGUAAUUUUCUUAAGGGAAGGUCUAGUGGAAGUUCAUUCAAGAAGCAAGGGGUGCCUAAUUCAAAUAAGAAGGCACAUAAGACUUGUCCAAGAUAUGGAAAGGCUCAUAGUGGAACAUGUUAUUUGGAGUCAGGGGCGUGUUUUAAAUGUGGCAAGACUAGACACUUCAUCAAGGAUUGUCCAAAUUUGCGAGCUGAACAAACUACCAAUACAAGUGGGAGCCAACAAAAACCCAAGGUUCAAGGUCGAGUUUUUGCUUUGACUAAACAGGACGCCGAGGUAUCCCCAUCAGUGGUUUCAGACUUGCACAAAGGCUAA